GGCGGGCGGGCAGGUCGCUCCCCGCGGCCUCCCUCCCGCCCAGACGGCGCGGCGGCGGCGCGGGCAGCAUGUGGGCCGCGGCCCCUCUCCUCCUGCUGCUGCCGGUGCUGUGGCGGCUGUGGCGGCGCGGGGCGGCGCCGCUGGAGCCGGCCGGCCGGGCCGUGCUCAUCACCGGCUGCGACAGCGGCUUCGGGCACCUGCUGGCGCUCCGCCUCCACCGCCUCGGCUUCACCGUCUUCGCCGGCUGCCUCUGCCCUGGCGGCGAGGGGGCGAGGCGGCUGCAGCGGGAGGCCGCCGCCGGCGCCGGCCGCCUGCGCGUCCUGCGGCUCGAUGUCACCCGCGCCCGCGACGUGCUGGCCGCCAAGGAGCUGGUGCUCAGCCACCUGCCCGAGCGAGGUUUCUGGGGACUUGUCAACAAUGCAGGAAUAUCAACAUUUGGUGAGACAGGGUGGCUGUCUAUGGAGAAAUAUGAAAAAUUUGCAGAUGUGAAUCUCCUUGGGAGCAUCAGGACAACCCUGGCAUUUCUGCCCCUUCUAAGGAAAUACAAGGGACGUAUUGUUUUCAUGUCCAGCAUUAUUGCUUAUUUUUCUCUGGGAAAUGGCAUUUAUUCCAUGACCAAGGCAGCUAUUGAAAAAUUUUGUGAUGCUCUAAGACUGGAAAUGAAGAAGUUCGGUGUCCGGGUCUGUAUUAUUCAGCCAGGAAAUUAUGCACGCUCUACAAAAAUUCAGCCACCAGUCAGUGCCGAAGAGAUUUGGAAUGAACUCAGUGAAGAGGAAAAGGCAGUUUACAAUAAAGAGUAUGUUCAAGAGCGGGCAAACUUUUUCAACAGCAUACUCAGUGAGGGAAGCACAAAUGGCAAUGAAGUUGUAGAUGCUAUGGUAGAUGCUUUAACAUCUCCUGCACCCAAGGCACGUUACAUGGUAGCAAAGCUGAAGGAAAAAGCACUGGUGUUUGUGUGUGCUUUAUUUCCAACCGUUGUGAUGGAUUCUGUUUUGUCUUAUGCUCUGAGUAAAGUAAAACUUGCAUAGCCUAUGUUGGUACUGUUCAGUGACUCAAGCUGGGCAGUUUUUUACACUGUGAAAGCCAGGGCUCAAUCUAAUGCCCCUAAGAAAUACCAAGUUACUGUGUCAGAGACAUGAUGGAGACAAAAUGGAGCAUAUCCCACAGGGCAACCACCCACCUGAAAUCAUUACAGCAGAGAUGAAAAUACCUUAUUUGUAGGAACCUGAGUAGUAAUUUAUUAGGGGUGAUGGGAAGAGGUUAAUGGAAAAGUUAGGAAUGAGCGAUAGACCUUGAAAUACUUUGAAGUUAAGUGGCUGUAAAAAGUUAGGAAGAGUCAAAUAAUAAAGUUGUAAUAUGGAAACAGUGUCUUGGCUAACUACAGUUCAGCACUUUUUCAGGUGUUCUGGAUAAUUCUGUAACAAAGCCAAUAUGUCAUGGACUUUAGAAAAUAAGUAGCAUAUUCCAUUUACAAAUGAGUUGUCAAUCCUAAAUAAACUCUAUCUUUUAUUUAA